AUGCUGGUUGGGCGCAGCAUGGGGCGACACUAUGCGUGCCCAACAAUCUCGCCCAAGAAAACAUAUGAAGGUUAUUUGGGUGGUGCUGCAAUCACCUUACUGUAUGCAUCAGUCGUCCAUCGGUGGCCCAGUUUGAAUGUCAUCGUGGCCUACACCUUUGGUUGCAUCGGGGAUUUGUACUUCUCGGUGGUAAAACGCCGCCUGGGAAUCAAAGACUACUCGCGACUUCUAUCCUCCCAUGGUUUCUGA